AUGGCCGCUUCCAGCGCUGGUGCUGCUGGAUCAGGAAGACCUACAGCAUUAACAACUGCCCACAACUUAUCAAGUACUGGAAGCCCCGUUACUGCCGGAGGUGUCAGCAAUGCGGCCGUAAACCUUCGCGGCAAGGUCAAGCAGCCCAUGAGAACGACCAAGACCAGUCAGAAAUUGACUCUGUUCCCUGAAGAAAAGGAGGUGCCGGUGCUGGAGGACGAGUACGCUUUUGACGAUACAACUUACAACCAGAUCGGUCAACUAUCUUCGGGAACGGCAAGAAAUGAUGCCCAUCGCAUGAGCAAGCUGGAUAGACAAAAACUGCCUCGAGUGAUCGCGUACUGCACAGCAUCUAUCUAUACACCCUUCUCGUACACGACGACGUCGAAACCACCGACUACGGGUGAUCUGUUAGGUCUCGAUGAGGCCGCCACGAAUGGACCACGUCUUCUUGAGCAGCAGCGAUUGAAGGAGAACACACCAGAAUUAUUCUUCUUUGACUACGGCGUUACUGUAAUCUGGGGAAUGUCAGAGCAGGAAGAGUCGCGUCUUUUGCAGGAGAUCUCCAGGUUCGAGGAGGAAAAGCUGGAUGAGGAGGAUGUCGAGACCGAAGAGUUUUCGUACCAUUACAACUCAGAGUAUCAACCCAGGAUUUACAACGAUGUGAUCACUCUCAAGAGCGCGGUCAACUACAUGGUGAAGCUGACCAUUUCGCACGCCAUCGCUCAAUCCGUCAAGAUGACCCUCUUUGAGGGACUCAUUGAAAACACGAUCAACGCCACGAAAAAUAUCCCACAGACAAUGGCCGAGACGGGCAAGGUCCCAAUGUCUAGGACGGCCAUCACGAAGAAGAUUGGACAGCUUUUCAUCAUGAGAAUCAAUGUCAAUCUUGUCAGCAACAUCCUGGAUACACCGGAGAUCUUUUGGUCAGAGCCAUCGUUCCAGCCCCUGUACUCUGCAAUUCGAGGUUAUCUGGAGAUCAGUCAACGCGUUGAGCUCUUGAACCAGCGCACAUCUGUGAUCAGCGACCUGCUGGAUAUGUUGAAGGAGCACCUGAACUCUUCCCACGGCGAGCAACUGGAAUGGAUCGUUAUUGUUCUCAUUUUCUUUGAGAUUGUUAUAGGAGUCAUCACCAUUUGCUUGGAUGCCUUCAGUUACAGUCGCGGUAGCAGCGCACACGUCCAAUACUAG